AUGGACGAAGAUGACACCCCUCCCCAGUUAGUGGAUGUAUCCCAGCUGCCAGAGUCCGCGCCAUCGACGUCAGAGGACACCCCGGAGGCUCAAGCCCGCGUGCCUAUCACGCUUGUGACUGGCUACCUCGGAGCCGGCAAAACCACCCUCCUGAACUACAUCCUUACCGAGAAGCAUGGCAAGAAGAUCGCCGUGAUCAUGAAUGAAUUCGGAGAUUCCACCGAUAUCGAAAAGCCCCUCACAGUCAAUCAAGAUGGUCAAGAGGUGACCGAAUGGAUGGAAGUGGGGAAUGGCUGCAUCUGUUGCUCAGUAAAAGACUCAGGCGUAAUGGCCAUCGAAUCCCUUAUGGCCCGCCGAGGCACCUUCGACUACAUCCUCCUGGAGACCACCGGCCUCGCCGACCCCGGCAACAUCGCCCCGAUCUUCUGGGUCGACGACAACCUAGGCAGCAGCAUCUACCUCGACGGGAUCGUCACCCUGGUCGACGCGAAGAACAUUUUGCAUCUACUAGACGAGCCGACCCCGGAGGAGACGGUGUCCAGCCACACCAGCACCAGUCAAAAACACGACCACCCCGCCAAUUCCCCCAUCCUCUCAAUGGCGCACAUGCAAAUCUCCCACGCGGACGUGAUCAUCCUCAACAAAGCCGACCUGGUCACGAGCCAGGAACUCGCGCGCGUCCGCGACCGCAUCGUUGCCAUCAACAGCGCCGCCCGCAUCCACGUCACGGACCACAGCCAGACGCCGCGGAUCGAGGGCGUGGUGCUGGAUCUGCACGCGUACGACCACCUCGACGAUGGGGCGGUCGAUUUCGCGCAGAAGGGGCACAGUCAUAUCGAUCCGGCGAUUUCCACCAUCGCACUUACAACCCCCCGAAUCACCCCGGCGCAAGUACCUCUCGUCGAUGAGUGGUUGCGCUCGGUACUGUGGGACUCGAAGCUCCCGGGUGUCGCUGGGCGAGAAGCGCCAACCACCAAGAUGGACUUUGAUAUUCAUCGGUUGAAGGGCAUCCUUGCGAUCGAGGAUGGAACGACCCGGAUCAUCCAGGCCGUGCGGGACGUGUUUGAGAUCCGGGAUGCCGAGCCUGCAGAGGACACCAAGACGCAGUGCAAGAUUGUGCUGAUCGGGCGGGGACUCGGGGCAGAUGCGCUUCCAUGGCAGCGCAAUUUCGAGGAAUAUCUUAAGCGGGACCUGAAAUAA